CGACGCGCGCCAUGGCCAGUCUAGCUUGUGCUGCUGGUUUUCUCCCAUCGAUCGAGCUCUAUCUCUCACAAGCCCGCAUUCAAUAACACGCCGGAGCAUUCACGACCCCUUUCAGAUGGUAGAUGGCGCGAAUUUACGCCGCACAGUACGUGCUCUCUCGCUCCUCCGCUAUAUAUCGCUCCACCCACUACUCCUACUGCCAUUGCUACCUCAGCAAUAGUGGUCUGCUUACAACUUGUGCUGGCUGGUUGUAGUGUAGUAGGCAAGAAGAGAGAGAAAGGGCCGGGGAGGUGGAGGAGAUGGAUGUGAACGACAUGCUGCUGGUGGCGCUGGCGGCGGCGCUGGCGGCGAUGUGGUGGCGGCGGUGCUCGAAGGCGGGCGGGGUGGACGGCCUCCCGCCGGGGCCGCCGGGGUGGCCGGUGGUGGGGAACCUGUUCCAGGUGAUCCUGCAGCGGCGGGCGUUCAUGUACGUGGUGCGCGACCUGCGGGAGAAGUACGGGCCCAUCUUCACGAUGCGCAUGGGCCAGCGCACGCUCAUCGUCGUCACGUCGGCGGACCUCAUCCACGAGGCGCUCGUCAAGCAGGGCCCCAUGUUCGCCAGCCGUCCGGAGGACAGCCCCACGCGCCUCCUCUUCAGCGUCGGCAAGUGCACCGUCAACUCCGCCCCCUACGGCCCGCUCUGGCGCGCGCUGCGCCGCAACUUCGUCGCCGAGAUCGUGUCGCCGCACAGGGUCAAGGGAUUCUCCUGGAUCAGGGAGUGGGCCGUCAACGCUCACCUGCGCCGCCUCCGCGCCGAGUUCGCGAGCACGGGCGACGUGCGCAUAAUGGCCAACUGCCGCCUCACCAUCUGCAGCAUCCUCAUCUGCAUCUGCUUCGGCGCCAAGAUCCCCGACGACCUCAUUCGGGAGAUUGAGGAGGUGCUCAAGGACGUCAUGAUGAUGACCAUGCCCAAGCUCCCGGACUUCCUGCCCCUCCUCACGCCGCUCUUCAAUAAGCAGCUCACCGAGGCCAGGAACCUGCGCCGCCGGCAGCUGGACUGCCUCGUGCCGCUCGUGCGCGCGCGGAGGGAGUUCCUCCGGGACAGCAGCAAGAAGACGGUGGGCGGCGUGGAGAUGAUGAGCGGGCCCGGGGAGGCGUACGUGGACUCGCUCUUCGACCUCGAGCCGCCGGGGCGCGGGAAGCGGCUCGGCGAGGAGGAGCUCGUCACGCUCUGCUCCGAGGUCAUGAGCGCCGGCACGGACACCAGCGCCACCGCGCUGGAGUGGGCCAUGAUGCACCUCGUCCUCGACACGGCCGUGCAGGAGCGGCUCUACGACGAGGUCGUCGCCAAGGUCGGCAAAACCGCCAGGAUCACCGAGGCCGACGUCGAGGCCAUGCCCUACCUGCAGGCGGUGGUGAAGGAGACGUUCCGGCGCCACCCGCCGAGCCACUUCGUGCUGUCGCACGCGGCGACGCGGGACACGGAGCUGGGCGGGUACCGCGUCCCCGCGGACGCGAGCGUGGAGUUCUACACGGCGUGGGUGACGGAGAACCCGGCGACGUGGCCUGACCCGGACGCCUGGCGCCCCGAGCGGUUCCUGGACGGCGGCGAGGGCUUCGACACCGACAUCACCGGCACCCGCGCGCUCCGCAUGAUGCCCUUCGGCGCCGGGCGCCGCAUCUGCCCCGCCUUCACCCUCGGCGUGCUCCACAUCCAGCUCAUGCUCGCCAACAUGGUCCGCGAGUUCCGGUGGGUGCCCCCCGCCGGCGAGGGCCCGCCCGACCCCACCGAGACCUUCGCCUUCACCGUCGUCAUGAAGAACUCACUCCGGGCCGCCAUCGUCGAGCGCGCAACGGGAGUAAAGCCGAUCGAUGCAUCACACUGAUGGCUUCAUUGCUGCUCACUGGUUCUUGCCACGUACGUACGCAGAGCGGUGCAUGGUACGGGUAGGUGAUUGUGACGGGGUUAGUCAAGUGCCGUAGUAUAAAUACUCCAUGGUGAUCGAUCUUAGCUGUUCGCUGGUUGGUGGAUGGGCGAAUAGACGGACGGAUAUGCAUGCAUGAUGCUGUCAUAAAUUUUCUUGGUGUUCUCUCUUCUGUUAAUUAAUUCUUAUUAGUGUUUUCUUCUCGCGAUUUGAUGGGUGAAAAAACUGUACGUACUACUGCUCGAUCUGCUUAUAUAUAUUGGUUGUCAUGUCCAGAAAUAACCCAUGUUAGUUCACUC